GCCUGAGUCAGUGAAAGUUGCAUCAGUUUUUGGUAAAUAUUUGACGCCAACUAACUUCCAAUAAAAUGUAACUGUAGUUUAAGGUCACUCAUGUUUGUUCGUUUAAAUCAGGUGCCCUUUAUUUAUUUAAUUUGCUCUUAAUCUCGUGGUACAUGUUUUCCUUCUUUCUCUAUUAGUAGCCUGUUUGUAUUUGUGUAAUCUAUUCCAUUGCAAAAUUAUGCUUUAUGCUUUCUUUCUAUUGGUCAUCUUUCAAUAGUCAUUUAUUUUACAUGGGCAAUUCAUUUCUUAAUUCUAAAUGCACCUAGUUUCUUUCACCUACAUGGUUUCUCUGCCCUAUCAACCCCUCCCUCCUAGGAGACAAAGAUUAGAUUGGUUCAAAGCUCACACUUCUCAUGUUUUCUAACAGCCACAUGGUCCCUGACCCAUUUUGAUGCCCCCCUUUUCUUUGUAUGACCUCCAUUUGUCUGUCAGGGCCCCAUCCAAAGGGUCCUUGAAGGCAACAUCAUGUCGGCGGACACUAAAAUCGCAGAGCUUUUAACAGAGCUCCAUCAACUCAUUAAGCAGACGCAGGAGGAGCGGUCGCGCAGUGAACACAACCUGCUCAACAUCCAGAAAACACAUGAGAGGAUGCAGACUGAGAACAAGACCUCCCCUUAUUACCGGACUAAGCUGAGGGGACUCUACACCACAGCCAAAGCAGACGCUGAGGCAGAGUGCAGUAUUCUUCGUCAUGCCCUCGACAAAAUUGCAGAGAUCAAAUCCUUAUUGGAGGAGAGGCGAAUAGCGGCUAAGAUGGCAGGGGUCUACAGCGACAAUGACCCCCCCAGGAAGACCAUGCGGAGGGGGGUGCUGAUGACGCUGCUCCAACAGUCAGCCAUGACACUCCCGCUGUGGAUCGGCAAGCCAGGAGACAGUCCUCCUCCCCUGUGUGGGGCGAUGCCAGCCAGCAGUGACUACGUGGCCAAGCAGGGGGACAAGGUGGCAGCGCGGGUCAAGGCCGUGGACGGGGACGAACAGUGGAUCCUGGCCGAGGUGGUCAGCUACAGCCACUCCACCAACAAGUACGAAGUGGAUGACAUUGAUGAGGAAGGAAAAGAGAGACACACCCUGAGCAGGAGGCGUAUCAUCCCCCUGCCCCAGUGGAAGGCCAACCCAGAGACGGACCCGGAGGCCCUGUUCAGUAAAGACCAGCUGGUGCUGGCCCUCUACCCCCAGACCACCUGCUUCUACAGAGCCCUCAUCCACACACCCCCACACCGGCCCCAGGACGACUACUCAGUGCUGUUUGAGGACACGUCGUACGCAGACGGCUACUCCCCGCCCCUCAACGUGGCUCAGAGAUACGUGGUGGCCUGCAAAGAGAACAAAAAGAAGUAAAUAAGAGACUGAUGAAAGUCAAGAGAAUACAAGGGGACUGUGACUGAAGAUACUGUAUUUUGUCAGACUUGACAAAUACACUGUGUAGACAAGUGUUCCUAGACAAGUGUUUCCACCCACCCCCCUUCCCAGAAUAACACUGGAUUCCAUACCCUAGUCACACGUAUGGACACACUGAGGUCGGGUUUGGGAAGCUAUCUGUGAGGCUCAGUCAAUCUAGGGAGUUGUAUUGAUAUCCAACAGUGUGUUAUUAUGGCUCAUCUGUUUGAUAAUUGUGAGACGUGCAAGAUGUUCUGUGCUCUGUUCUGUCUGUAUUGGCCUGGUGGUGACAUGACUAUGCUUCUUGUGGAACGGGCUAUGAUGCAUGUGUGUUAUAUAUUUUUUAACAUGUUAACAAAAACAAAUGUUUUUCAUUGAUAUGUCGACUAUGGACACUGACUGAGUAAGAAUAAACCGUUUUAUUUAUAUAUAUAUAUAUAUAUAUAUAUAUAUAUAAUUUGGCCUCUAUUUGGGUACACAUGAAAAGUGGUUUUAACAUUUAGUUGAAAUUGUGAGUGGCUGGGAAUCUUACACAAAUCUUGUACAACCUUAUUGUUAGAAUAUAGAGUAGACUGUUCAAUCUCUUUAAAGAAAUCAAUACUUUUUCAUAAAUUAUUGAAGAUGACAUAUAGUAGUGUUUUUCCUUUGCCCCUGAAAGCAAACACAUACGUUGGAGUAAUAAUAUGCAGUGGUGUAAAGUACUUAAGUAUAAAUACCUUAAAGCAGGGUCGCAACUUUGGUUUUAGAAGUGGGGGUGACAUUUUUUUAAAGUACUACUUAAGUAGUUUUUGGGGGUAUCUGUA